UAAGAUUGUGUAUCGGGAUCUGAAAUUAGACAAUCUGCUGCUGGACACUAACGGUUUUGUCAAGAUAGCAGACUUUGGGCUCUGUAAAGAAGGCAUGGGUUAUGGGGACAGGACGAGCACUUUCUGUGGGACUCCUGAGUUUCUGGCCCCGGAGGUGCUGACGGACACGUCGUACACCAGAGCAGUGGACUGGUGGGGGCUCGGGGUGCUCGUCUACGAGAUGUUGGUCGGGGAGUCUCCGUUCCCAGGCGACGAUGAGGAAGAGGUUUUUGACAGCAUUGUGAACGACGAAGUGCGCUACCCCCGCUUCCUCUCCACCGAAGCCAUCGGCAUCAUGAGACGGCUGCUGAGGAGGAAUCCAGAAAGACGUCUGGGCUCUGGGGAAAAGGAUGCCGAAGACGUGAAAAAACAACCGUUCUUCAGGGAUGUGGACUGGGAGGACCUCCUUCAGAGGAAGGUCCCGCCCCCGUUCGUCCCGACCAUCGUAGGGAAAGAGGACGUCAGCAACUUCGACGUGGAGUUCACGGCCGAGGCGCCUGCCCUCACGCCGCCCCGCGAGCGCCGCACCCUCUCCCGCAAGGAACAGGACCACUUCAAGGAUUUUGACUACGUCUCCGACCUCUGCUAGGGUCAGAGGUCACGGGGGUCGCUAGCCGCCAGCGCGGCCGGCCGCAGACUCUGGGAAGAGACUGACGAGCAAAGGCCGACUCUGUCCCGCACAAGGAGGGAGGGACUUGAAGGUGACGGCAGAGGCUAACCCCCUUUUCCUCUCCGCCUGUCUCGUUGCGACAGGACGAAGAACUGGCCGGGCGUCAAUCGGCGGUUGGAUGGCGUGUCACGCACAUGUGCAGUGUCACGGACCCGCCGACCGAUCUGUGACACUGCGUGGCUUUUGGAAGAGGAGGAACGGGUGAUGAAGAUAAUCCAGAUUAUGUUACAGAUGAGAGGAGUGACCCUGCCGUCUGUCCGUCAGGGCGAAGCACACUGAAACCGCCCCCCGAAUCCCAGUCAGAGUCAAAAGUGAUUAUUCUGGCAGGAAGCAGUUUGUCUGUUCUGCCCUGCUCUCAUCUCACGUCCCUUUACCUGCGCUGUUUUUGUUGCUGCUGAGUGCGUGUGCAUGUGCGUGUGUCGUUUGCUGUCCUGCCUCAGCCAUGAAUGUAUCCUCGUCAGCUGCUCUUGCAAUACUCUUACAUUAACACAUGGGGGAGCCCGAGGAAUGAGGACCCCUUUUCAUCGGCCUCUCAUUAUCCGUCCUCCUUCACAAAACAGAUUUUUAACUACAAUCAAUUCUCGACAACAAAAAUUUUGUUCUUUUUGCGAUCGAUGUCCCCCCAACACCGUUUUUUUUUCUCUCUGUCAUUUGCUGUUAAAAUAUGUACAAACUGUGACUCAGUAAAAAUGUGAACCCAACA